GAUGGCUUAGUUCAAAAUGGCAGUGACGCGAAGAGGUUAUAUAUUCUGUUCCUUCGUAUCCAGUGUAUUUUGUGUUAUAUUCAUUAUAGUUUCCGUGUCUAGUGAUAGUUGGGUGGUUGCGACAGCAUUCACGGAAGACCAGACACAAGACAGCACUGUCCGUUAUGGCAUGUUCAAGGGAGAGUUCGCACUGCACAUCUUCGAUACGCCGUCUUAUAACACUCUGUACAUGACCUGUGUCCCGGACAAGAAUGCUUGUGCGGUCAGCUGUAAAACCGAAGCUUCGGCUAGGGAAGAGGAGGUGCGCGCUCUAGCCCAAGGCUUCCGGCCGAACCAGGCAUGCGUGUCUGUCACCAACGUCUCUGAAGACGACCCAUUAGAACACCCUCCGGUUCUCUCGUUCGCGAUCUACAUCAGCAUCCUUUUGAUCCAGUUCCUUCAGCUGGCUGCUGGCAUCGGAGCCGGGGCGCUGGCGCUGCUCAACGCGACGAGGAACCCCACGGAACCCGUGUUUGGGUUGCCUGGUUGUCUAUGGGCGAACGUGCUGGCGGCUGUGCUGGGUGUAGCCGUGAUGAUGAUGUUCGGCGUCUACUGGGUGGUCUCCGGCCUGCGGGAACACCUGGCCUUCUCCUACAUCGCGCUCGGCACGCUGGAAGCAAGGCCUGGUGUUGGGUUCUCUUACUGGGUACUCCUCGGCUCCAUCAUCUGUUCCAUCAGCAACGUGGUGCUCAUCCAGGUGAGGCAGUAUCUUCUAGAACGGGACCCACCACCGCCCACGCUGAAGGUGGAAAACCAUUCAGAUGGUACCAUCUUCUUGUAUUGAUACUAAUAAAAUGAUGUCAUUAAAAAGGAAAAAUCGGCCAAGCGCGAUUCAGACUCAGGUUCCGUACCAUUGUAAAGCAAGGAUAUGCCCAAAAUUGUGUUUUUACUUUUUAUUAAGUAGUAUUUUUAUUA